AUGACCGUCAGCUACCAGUCCAAGGUGUCGUCGUCGAGCAGCGCGGGAUUCACCAAACUAUUGUUCCUGUGGAGGGGUAGUCUGUACCAGGUACUCUACAGGGAACUGUUGUUGUUCAUGGUGGCGUUCGUCAUCAUCAGCGCCCUGUACAGGAACGCGUUCACCGACGCCCAAAAGGAAAUAUUUGAAAAAAUAGUUCGAUACUGUGAUGCCUUUAUUAGUCAAUUACCAUUAUCCUUUAUCUUAGGAUUUUAUGUGACUUAUGUGGCCAAAAGAUGGUGGAACCAAUACUUGGCGAUUCCGUGGCCCGACAGAGCAAUGCAUGUGAUAUCGAUGUAUGUAGAGGGCAACGACGAUUACGGUUGUAUGAUUCGAAGAUCACUAAUGAGAUAUUUGAUUUUGACAUUGAUUUUGGUAUUGCGUUCUAUCAGUUCACCCGUGAAAAAACGUUUUCCAACAUUAGAGCACGUCGCUGAGUCAGGCUACAUGACCGCCGACGAGAUAGAAGUAUUUUAUUCACUCCCUAAGGUGGAGUUUAAUACUUAUUGGGUGCCUUGCACUUGGUUCAUAAGUCUGUUGAAAGAAGCCAGAAAGUCUAAGCGAAUUGAAGAUUCCGAAGGAGUGAAACUCAUAAUGCAGGAAUUUAUCGACUUCAGAUCAAAAUGCGGUUUUUUGUGGAGUUACGAUUGGAUCAGCAUACCGUUGGCGUAUACGCAGGUCGUUACGAUUGCAACGUAUUCAUUUUUCAUUACUGCCGUUGUUGGGAGGCAAUACGUGGAAGGAUCAAACAAAAUGCUGCAAACAGAACUUGAUGUAUAUAUACCGGUGUUUACAAUCGUUCAGUUUUUGUUUUUCAUGGGACUAUUAAAGGUAGCUGAACAAUUAAUAAAUCCCUUUGGUGACGACGAAGAAGAUUUUGAAUUAAAUUACUUAAUCGAUAGACACACAAAGGCAGCUUAUUUAGCUGUAGAUUACCUUGCUAAGAUUAAAAUUCCUUUGGUCAAAGAUAUUUACUUCAACGAGUUGGAAGUAUCGAUUCCAUACACAAGUGCGUCUGUACCGUUCAAAAAAAAAUCACACAGAGGAUCAGUUCACCACAUGCCUGUUCCUGAAGACCAACAUAUGAUGUUCUUACCCGAAAUAAUAGAAGAGGUUGACCCCGAUCGUUCGAGAAGCAGAAGGACAUCAAUGUGUUCGACCAAGAGUGAAGGAAAAAUCAAACCGAACCGGGAUAAAUUCAAUGAUUCCUAUGGCAUUAUGCAGGUGGUACAACAGCGGACAACGUCAAACGGCUGCGGUGAAGUAGGAGGAGGACAGAACUCGAACGCGCCGGCCAAACGCGGUGGCGGCGGUUUCAGACAGCUGGCUCAGCGCAAGUCGGACGCCGCGCAACCGGUGGUGCUGGUGUCAAUGACCCGGCGACCGAGCUACAAUUCGGGACAGUGGAAGCCGUUCAAGUGGAAAUCGUCGGACUGCGGCGAACAGCGACGAGCUUCCAUCGGCGGCGGUGGCAGGCGCCCGGAACAGCAUCAGCAGACUGAUGUGGACCUGCAGAAAGGGGACCGACCGGAAGCUGCUGCGGUGGCGACGGUGGUACCAGAAGGACGCGUCAACGCGGCGUUCGUGCCGGACAGACUGCAACACGACGUGUGA